AUAUAAACUUUUGGCAAUUUGAUUGGGCAACCCUUUACUGAGGGCGGGGCACAUGACGCCAUCGUCCUCGGACUAGAGAAAGACGCCAUUUUGUUUUUUAGCGGUGACGAGGAGAACCGGGAAAUUGUAGAGAAACUGCAUCAAAAGAUCUGCCAUCAUGGGGAACAUGUUUGCAGGCCUCUUUAAGAAUCUCUUUGGGAAGAAAGAGAUGAGAAUUUUGAUGGUGGGCUUGGACGCUGCUGGAAAAACCACAAUCCUUUACAAACUAAAACUUGGAGAGAUCGUCACCACCAUCCCCACUAUUGGUUUUAAUGUUGAGACAGUAGAAUACAAGAACAUCAGUUUCACGGUGUGGGACGUGGGCGGUCAGGAUAAGAUCCGGCCGCUCUGGAGGCACUAUUUCCAGAACACACAGGGCCUGAUUUUUGUUGUGGACAGUAACGAUAGAGAGCGAGUUAACGAGGCGAGGGAGGAGUUGACAAGGAUGCUGGCAGAGGAUGAGUUGAGAGAUGCUGUGCUCCUCGUCUUUGCUAACAAACAGGACCUUCCCAACGCAAUGAACGCAGCAGAGAUCACAGAUAAGCUGGGCCUCCAUUCCCUGCGUCACCGUAACUGGUACAUCCAGGCCACCUGCGCCACCAGCGGCGACGGCCUGUACGAAGGGCUCGACUGGCUCUCUAACCAGCUCAAAAACGCUAAAUGAUCCAUUCCACCCUUUCCCCUUCUGUCAGCGCUGUGUGUGUGUGUACGAGUGUGUGUGUAAAGGGUCACAGCACUGGUUUCAGUCUCACCCGGUUGCCCAGUUUAUUCAUUUCUUUAUCUUGUCCAGUCUUGUGUACGUCAGAGGCUCUGCCCAGUGCUGUCUAAUACACAUGCAAGUGUGUGUUUGUGUGUGAGUGUGUGUGUACUGAGGGUGGGAGCAGCCUUGCUGUGCCUUUUAAAAUAGACACACUCUGUACAGCACGGUUCUCUCUCUUUCUCCUCUCCCUUCUCUCUCCUGAUCCCCCAUGGUUUUCUGCACGCAAAGAAUGACCGAGGAUGGUUAAUAUUUCUGUUACUCUAAUACACUGAAAUAAGACUAUAGGCCUAUAUUCUCAAUGUUUGAAGCAAUCACGCAUGACUAAAAUGUUACAAGGUGUGAGUUGCCAUUUUUUGACCCCCCCACAUUUGAUAACUCAUUGUAACCUGCAUCAGGUUGGGAAAAAGAAGGAAAAACAGACAAUAAAGUGACGUUUCCCAUCCAUUCUUCUUUGCGUCAUUUGAAAAUCAUGCUAUAGCUUUUGUCACAGGAAGCCUUUUCCAUGUGAACACCAGCUCAUUUUCUCUGCUGCUCUCCUCAGUCAAGCGCAUUAAAGCACAAGCGUGUGAAACCUUUAGUUUACAUGGAGUCAGUAUGUAAACGACUUAAUGUUGUCUUAAGACGUUUUUUUUUCAAUGCGUGUCUGCUUCGGUUGAUCUCAUAGAGCUUCACAGCUCAAACAUUGAAAGGUUGAGAAAUCCUGUAUCAUUAAAUUGGAUCCCAGGCACUAACAGAUUUACAUGUGUUUUGAAUGCUAUUUAAGAGGUGAUCAGGCAGAAUUGAUGUGUGUGUGUGUUUAUGGGAUUGUGAGGGGAGUGAGCGCCCUCUGCAGGAGCAGUGAGGCCUUUUGAGAGCUGCUCCCACUCCAGUGAUUCUUUUAGCUCUUUCUUUAUUUUUAUUGUUAUUGUGAUUGAUUAUUUUUGGUUAUUAUGGUCUCUUUCAAGGUUUCCAGCAUCAUAAAUACAGUUCAAAUCUCAUGAGUGUUCAGCCAAGGCCAUUAAGGGCUUAUAAGGUUGCAUGCAUUUUCCAUGCAAGUGUAACGCAAACUGAACAUCCAGGCACAUAUCGGCUGGUUAUAAAAUAAGACCAGACGGGAAAUGCAAAUGCAGGCCGGGUCCUCCCAAACCUAAGAGAACAGCUGCGAUUCAAAAUGCAAACUUUAGCCAGUUAGAAUAUAGAUUAACCAAUAGUAAACGUGUAUCAUAUUUUUGUCCUCCAUGUUUCCCUUAUUUGAUGGCGGCUGCUUUAUCACAUGCACCAAUCCAUUCGAAAACAAUGUCACUGAAAAAAACAAGCACCAGCAGAAAGAUAGGCUGAGUUAACUUUAAAGUGUACACACAUCUUUUAAUUACGCACAACUGACAGACCCAUUUAGCUUUCCUUCAUAUUCCAAUUACGACUGCGGUGUUUAAUACGGCAUUAAACAUGCAUGCUGUAAAGAUCACAUUCUGGAUGAUUGCAGUAGUGCUGACUGACCUCUCAUAUGGGAAUGGCUUUAUGUUUCACCUUGUGUGAAACUUGAUGGCAACAUGAAUAAGUUUUGACACAACCCCCACCACUUUCAGUCAUCAAAAUUCAUAACUUUAAUAGUUUCAUAACUCUAAUAAUGUUUUUUGGCCUUUUAGUUCUAUUAUACAGAUCUGCUGUAGUAGUUAAGAUUUAUUUGAAUAAGCAUUUAUGAAGUGUAUUUAGCUUACAAAUUUCAUUUAGCUGCCCUAUGUUCAGACGAGAAGCUUUAAUUUUUUUCGAAAUUCUGUAAAAUAAUAUAAAAGCAAAGAACGUGUGCAUAUGUUUUUCUUUUACUUCAAAUGGUUUUGUUUUAGCUUUUUUUUAAACCCAUCUUGUAACAUCUGAUAAAUGCACUAUAAUAAAGAGAUCUCUAUUACAAUUGA